AUGGUCGAGCCCUCAGUCUCCAGUGUCUAUAUAUUUAGAGGACGUCCACAGUUUACUUUGUUCUUUUCAGCCUAUGCCAUGCGUGCUUGGAUUACUUCGGAAUGCGCUCAUCCUUCCAAAGCUACGGAGCCAUUGCCCGCCAAAAGCGAGGUCGUAGUUGAAGUCUUCACCACCGGCCUGAAUUUCUUUGACCUCCUUGCGCUGCCACUGCUUGCCAGUAAUAAAAUAGCAUAUGAUGAGGGCGCAGGCCUUACAGGUUUCUUUAUCACCUGGCCGACAAGCUACGAGGCUCUUGUUGGCUGUGAAUGGGUGCUUGUCACUGCUGCUGCUGGAGGUGUAGGCACUGCAGCUGUACAGAGGCUGGCGAAAGCAUUGGGCGCAAAGGAUAUUGCAGCGGCCAGCUCAAAAGCGGGGCUGGGUAUCGCCACGCACUAUGGUGGGGCAGACUACUCUAUUAAUAACAUCUGGCCCGACUGGCAGCAGGAGGUGCUCCGACUAACAGGCGGAAAAGGAGCAGAUGUCAUAUGA